GAUGUAGCAGCUUUAAGUGAGGGGUUUGUGCUGCUGCUGGUGGCUGGGUCCGCUUCAGCCAUGGCUGCAGAGAGUAGCAGCAGCGCGGCGGCUUUAAGACAAUCCGGGCAUCUCUGCAAGUUUGUGGAUGACAUCACUGAUAUUGUCAAUAGUGUGAACCGAGAGAGGGCUGGGUGGUGGUGUGUGAGGGCGAGACAGAAGAGCAGCUAGAGAAGGAUAUCAGCAGCUGCUUUCAGCGUUUCCUGAAACAAAACACUAAAAUCGUGACAGUGAGAAUCACCCAGAGACGCAGGCCUCGAGAUCAGCUGUAUUUUUGGCUGCUGUGUAUCAUUCGGGAGUUGGGAUUUGGGCCACAGAUCUCCGAGGUUAUGAGCCGUCCGAAGCCGCGUUGGUUCGUCGCUGUCCAGGGUCCUGAGUGAGACGGAGCCACGGAGCCUGACACAAACCGUGAGUUGAAAAGCUCAGGAGCCAUGGAGUUAAGAGUGGGGAACAAGUAUCGUCUUGGGAGGAAGAUUGGGAGUGGAUCCUUUGGAGAUAUUUAUCUUGGUUCUAACAUUGCUACAGGAGAGGAAGUAGCCAUCAAACUGGAAUGUGUGAAGACCAAACACCCACAGCUCCACAUUGAGAGCAAAUUCUACAAAAUGAUGCAGGGUGGAGUGGGAAUCCCGUCUAUUAAGUGGUGCGGAGCGGAAGGUGACUACAACGUUAUGGUAAUGGAGCUGCUGGGCCCCAGUUUGGAAGACCUCUUCAACUUCUGCUCCCGCAAGUUCAGUCUGAAAACAGUCCUGCUGCUGGCCGACCAGAUGAUCAGUAGGAUUGAAUACAUCCACUCCAAGAACUUCAUCCACAGAGAUGUAAAGCCUGAUAACUUUCUGAUGGGGCUCGGCAAGAAGGGAAACCUGGUCUACAUCAUUGACUUUGGCCUGGCAAAGAAAUACCGCGAUGCCCGAACACACCAGCAUAUCCCGUACCGCGAAAAUAAGAACCUCACAGGCACGGCCCGCUACGCCUCCAUCAACACCCAUCUGGGCAUCGAGCAGUCGAGGCGAGAUGACCUGGAGUCUCUGGGAUACGUCCUCAUGUACUUUAACUUGGGCUCGCUGCCCUGGCAGGGGCUCAAGGCUGCCACCAAGAGGCAGAAGUAUGAACGUAUCAGUGAGAAGAAAAUGUCCACCCCCAUCGAGAUGCUCUGCAAGGGAUACCCCUCUGAAUUUUCUACUUACCUGAACCUGUGUCGUUCCCUGCGGUUUGAUGACAAGCCAGACUAUUCCUAUCUGAGGCAGCUCUUCAGGAACCUUUUCCACAGACAGGGCUUCUCCUAUGACUACGUCUUUGACUGGAACAUGCUGAAGUUUGGGGCCAGCAGGGCAGCAGAGGAUGGAGAGAGGGAGAGGAGGGAGGGAAAAGAAGGUGAGGAGCGAGCAGGCGGAGGCCAAAGAGGCGCUGGAGGGCGAGCUUUGCCGCCUGGUCCAAACCCUUCAGCAGCCAACAGAGUCAGGAAUGAGGCAGAUGCUGCUCCCUCCAAUCCGGCCGCACGUGGGGUCCAGCAGUCAGGUAACCGCUCUCCUCAGGCUGGAAGAGCAGAACGAGCUGAGCGAGAGAGGAAGGUGGCCAUGAGGCUUCAUCGUGGGGCCCCCGCCAAUGUCUCCUCCUCUGACCUCACUGCACGCCUCGACCAGUCACGCAUCACUGCAUCACAGGUGGGAAGACUGACUGGGUCAGUCAGUCUUUGUCUUUAUUAACAAAAACCCUGAUGACUUUUCAUUUCUGCCAGUAGAAUGAUGUAUUUAACCAUGCUAGCAGCCAUGCUAGGUGGCCAGUUGCCCCACCAGAUUAGUCCAGAUUGAAGUAGCUAAACAACAGUUGGAUGGAUUGCCAUGAAAUGCUGUACAGACCAUCAUGGUUCCCAGACCAUGUAUACUAAUGACUUUGAUGAACCCCUGAAUUUCCCCCAGUACCAUUAUGACAGGUCUUUUUUCAUGUCUCAACAAAUGAUGAAUGGAUUCCCAUGAAAUUUUGUGCAAUCGUUAAUUUUUUUUCCAUAGAGUAAACUGUAAUCACUGUAAUUAUUGAGCCCCACUUCAUCAUCAGAUUAAGAAUUUGUUUCAACCAAUACUUUAGUUUUGGGGCAGUGACCCACAGGUCACUUCAACCCUUAUGAUGUGAAUGAUUCCACAAAAGUUAAAUGCCUGGAAGUCUCCACUCGUCAAGGUUAACUCAACACUUGCAAAGUAUAGAGCAACUUCACUGUAAGACCAAAGUGUUUCAGCUUGUGGACUUCAGAAUCUCCACCAGUCAGUCAGAGGUGAAGAAGCUUCUCCAGCGAGAGGUGCAGCAUCUGCAAGAACCUCAAGCAAGUGCAGUUGCCGACUCUAGCACCACUUUUUGGAUAUACCAUGACGUGGUUGAAUAAGAAUCUCCACAGACAUAUGAUGAAAACUUUCACAAAACAACAACAUUUGCAUGUUAUUCUAGUGUUCUAAUAUACUUGUUUGGUUUUAUUCAGUAGCUGUCCAUUGAUUGCACCAGUGAAUUAAGUGACUUUGUGAUGGAUUUCUGAUUUGGGGUCCCUGCUGUGAUAUAAAGCUUGCUUUUCUUGGUAAAAACAUGUAAUUUCAUGGUCUGCUUCUAUUCCUUUGUGGGUCUAACCCUGUUCUUAGUGUUUUUUCUAUGCUGGUAGCAACUUCUGUCAGAAAGAAACCUCAGUGAAACCGUUAACCAGUCACAAGUAGCUAUACUCUGACUAAAUGGCACAAAUAACUAAAUUUAGGCCAUCAAGAAUGACAAAAGCUCAAGGGGUGUGGGCAUGGAUGAGCUCAGAUGUUAAAUCCAAUGUACUCUUCAGGUUUCUGUCUUCUCCCUUUGAUCUGCUUCAAGCCUCUCAUCUGUCCCUCCAUAUUCAGGUCAGCAUGCCCUUUGAGCAUCUGGCAAAGUGAGCUUCCCCUGGCUAACCUGCAGGUCAGUGGCAGGUACGGACAUGUUUGACACACACAAACAGCAAGCUUAUAACACUGUUGUCUUUGUCUGACCCAUGACCCCUGCACCCUUCAUAUCCACAAUAUAGCUAGAAAAAGUAACUGAUGAUAUUUAGCUAUAGUAGUAAUUCAACAGCGGUAAUUCAAAGCAUUAAUGAUUAAUAAAAAAUUAUACUUCUCCUUGUCAUAAGUGGGUCAAAAUAAUUUUACUUUCCCACUUAUAAUGCAAAAAAAAAGCUUUGGUCUGUCAUGCUACUGUAAGAGGGCAUUCACACAUUCAGUAAACCCCACAAAUGGCCAAUCACAAAAGUCAGAUGCUCAGAAAAGAAACAAAAAAAAAUGAAAAUUAGAGAAUGACAACUGAAGUGCAAGGAACUUUAUGGCCAGGUAUUUAAAAAAUAUAUUGAAGUGGAAGAUGAAGCACAAGUACAAGUACACCCCCACCACGUAUUCAUUGAAAGCAAGGUGAGACAUCGGUCCUGAGUGUCCACAAACUAGUUACCCACUUGCUCAAUUUAGAUUUGUGGUCAUUCUGAGAAAUGUAUUGUAUGUUGUUUACGACUAUUUCAGUAAUGUCAGUGAAGUUGGAAAAUGAAGUAACAGCAUAUUGCUGGUUUUGGGCUCUUCAUGGGAUUUGCUGACAAUAAGAAAGAUAUAGAAUAUCUCCAAUCUUAUCCUUUAAUUACCCCCUAACUAACAUUUUCCUUUGUUUUUCUCUUGUGGUCCAGCAGCUGCAGGGUCUCAAGUACCCUUUACUUUUAAGAUGGAUGAAUGAAAACAUGAAUGAGUGGAGGAAGAGAAGAGGAGCCUUAGGAGGAGGCUUUGCGGGCCCUUAAAAGGGGGAUGGAGGGUGUCCGUGUGACUGUCAGUAUGCUGUGUGAGCAUGCUCGGUGUUAAAGGAAUGCUAGGAUGGUAGGAGCACCAGUGAAAUAAACAAACACUUGACAAACAGGUUGGUACUGCUUUUUGGGGUGCGGCUGGAGGGCAAGUGGGUGAAACAACACACGGGUCCCCGCCCCUUCUUCACUCAUAUUCACUUGCCCAUCAACUCAGAGGCUCAACUUGCAAAAAAAAACAUCCAAAUGCACAAAAUGGACAAAAUUUCAGUUAUCCUGUGGUUUACACCUGUAAUUCAAUAAAAAAAAAUGAAUCACCUAUGAACCUGCUAAUGUUUGAGAACUACAUUUGCUGCUUAUGGUAUUCUAGAUUAUAAAUAAAUGUUUAAACAACUAUGGACACAAACAUGCAUCCAGGCCUGUACCAGAUGAAAGAGAAGGCUAUAUAAUGAACCAAGGAGGAGAUCAGAGGGAGUGAGUGAGUCUGAGAGUCUGCAUUGAAUUUGUGAAUGGCAGUGAGGCUGCUUUUUGUCAGUAAACAUCAGUGUCUGUGUGUUAUCGUUCUAAGUGUUCGUUUUGCCUUCAGCUUUGCUUUAGAGAACCUGAGGAAAGGAGGGACAGGUCUGCCCUGAUGUGAUUCAAAUAAAAGAUCCUCUACUGACUUACCUAGGUGAGAGAGUCCAGGGGAACUGAAACUGAAAAGAGCAAGAAGAGGAAUGAGGCAGCUUUAAGUUGAGGACAGGAUGAAGGGAGAGCCAUGAGGAUUGUAUGAUAUGUUAAAGUCUUAGUCCAGCUUGUACCUGCAGGUAUGAAAAGACUUGAGAAAGGUGUAAGAUCUUGGUGGUGAACAAGUCAUUUGUUACAUAUUUCGUUUUGCUUCUUUUGUUUUGUAAUACAUGUAAAAUGUGUAGAUAUCUUUUGCCAGAAUGUGACAGAUUGUUUACAGCUGAGGCUGGAGAGAAGAAUGCUGUUUACUUCCUGAAAGCCCUGAGACAAAAAAAGAGAAACUGAAAUUUUGACCAAGAACCUUUAGAGUCUGCCAGGAGUGUGUGUUUUGGUUCCCACUGUGGCAGGCAAUGACAGAAUGUUCUUGGUAAUAUUUCGAGGGGUGUUUGACCCAGGCCUGUCAGGAUGGUUGGGUGUCACUGAUGGGAAGGAGCUGCUUCAUGCUUCAACUUUAAUACUAUGAUAUUUGUGUAUAUUUUCUGAAUCAAUAAAAAUAUACACAACUUA